AUGAAACUCACUGCAGAGAGUGAAGUAAGAAUGAAGAAAUGUAUGUGGAAUACAGCAUAUGACCUUCAGAUACUCAAAAACUUUGGGAUGAAAUGCAGAAAGCUAAAAUUUGUUAGAGUCAAAGAAAUUUUUUUCACAUUGCCACUGAGUAACCAACUUCUGCUAUGUUGUGAUGGUGCUUCAAGAGGUAAUCCAGGGAUGGCAGGCAUUUCCACAAGAAACCCAGUAACUCGAUUUUCCGGCAAGGGUGAGCUCGUUUCAGAUGUUGUGUACACUGAAUCUAUAUAUGCGUUCGGUAAUGAAGGGUACAUCCGGGGUCCCAUUGAUCUUCGCCCGAUAUCAUUCGGUUGUGCAACAACUAGUAAUUUUCUGAAAGGACUGGGUGAAGGUGCUAAAGGAGUGGCUGGUCUAGGACGUUCAUCGCGUCUUUCCCUAGUUUCACAAUUUUCAGCCGCAUUUCCGCAGUUUCGGCGUACAUUUGCUCUGGAUUUGUCUGGCCUUUUAAUUUAUUUUGGGGGCGGACCUUACAUUUACUCAUAUGGUACGUUUUUUGGUGAUUUGAGUAAGCUUUUCCAUUACGCUCCACUCUUGGUUAACCCAAAAAGUAAAGAAGAAUAUUUCGUUGAUGUCAAAUCAGUCAAGAUACAUGGUAAAACUGUACCAAUAGAUAAAAAGCUGUUGUCCAUUAACAAAACCACUGGAGUUGGAGGAGCCAAAAUCGACAUUCUAAAACCUUACACUGUUUUGGAGACAUCAAUCUAUAAGGCCCUUAUUAAGGUGCAUACUAAAUGGGCUAAAGGCAUGAACGUUACUCGGGUUACUCCAGUUGCACCUUUUGGUGCGUGCUACAAAUCAUCCACGAUACCUCCUUGGACUUCUAAGCCAGGAAGUGUCGCCUUCAUCUUUCCCAAGAGUGAAUGGAGGAUUGUUUGGCGGGAUCUGGUAUCAGUUAAUAAUGAUGCUGUGAGGUGUUUAGGAUUUGUUGAUGGGGGGUUAAAGCCUAAGACUUCCAUUGUCAUUGGUGCACAUCAACUAGGGUGGUUCAUGGAAUUUGAUACUUCAAGAUCAAGAUGGGGAUUCUUGCAGCCAGAGUCAGGACAACAAUAA